AUGGACAUAGAAAGAACUACCAAACAGAGAAGAUUGGGAGACAUAUUAGAAACUUCAGCUACACAGCACUACGUGAAGAGGUUGGAUGCCAUUCGAGUAGUACUUGGAAACCUUGAUAGUUUAUGCCCUUUUACAACGGAACACUUGAUCAUAUUUCCAUUGCCUCCUGAAAAGCCAACCAACAUUUCUUGCUGGUCCAAGAAUUUGAAAGACCUCACCUGCAGAUGGGUACCUGGGUCAGAAGGCGAGACACACCUGCAUACCAAUUAUUCCCUGAAAUAUAAGCUGAGACAAUUCUUCCUGACCUGGUAUCAGUCAAAACAGGAUUGUGAUCUCUAUGCUGUCACAACCGAUCCACCCUCGGAUGUCCACGUGAGCCGAGUGGGAGACCUGGAGGACCAGCUCAGCGUGAGGUGGAGCGCGCCUCCCGCCUUGAAGGAUUUUCUCUUCCAAGCCAAAUACCAGAUCCAGUACCGGGUUGAGGACAGUUCAGAAUGGAAGGUGGUCGAUAACGUUAGCAACCAGACAUCGUGCCGGCUGGCAGGCCUAAGGCCCGGGACCGUAUAUUUCGUCCAAAUCCGCUGCAAUCCUGUCGGUAUCUAUGGUUCAAAGAAAGCCGGCAUUUGGAGUGAUUGGAGCAACCCAACGGCGGCCUCCACCCCUCGGAAUGGACGGACUCCGGGAGUUUGCGAACCCAAGAACGGAGAACAUAACAACACGCUACGCCGAGAGCUCAAGCAGUUCUUUGGAUGGAUGCGCAAACAUGGGACUUGUGCCAAUUUGAGCAUCAAAAUGUACGAUCAGUGGCGGGUGGCACUGCAGAAGUCCCACAAAACACGCAACCAGGUCCUGUCCAGUGACAAAUUGUAGCUUUGAUGGAUGGUGGGACCAGGACUUCCGCUUAAGCGCCAUUCCGGUUGCUGGGUUCAGGCUUGCCAAGAAUACACCCAAAGGAACUCAAGAGCAGCCAUAAUCCGGGUGCCCUGAGCAGCAUUGCCGAGGCGGUUUCACCACCACUAACACCCUUCCUGCAAACUAGCUAGAAGUUGUGCAGAAGUCAGCACCUCUUCUUCCCCCAGAGUAACUCUAAACCAGCUUCUCGCAUACGAUGUUUUUCAGUUGAGUUGAACUGACGAAUUUUCUAAUUAGCAUAUAGAGGAGCUGCCCCUAGUUGAAGGACGUUUUGCCUUCUCGGAAGAGCUCUUCGCACCAGCUUUCUUUUUUAACAGUGCCAAGAUAAAAGAAACGGGAAAUUUACCCAGGUUUUCCCCCUCUCGGCACACCCAUAAAGAGGUUUCGUUUGCUUCCGGAGAGUCGUUUUCGUCUCGUGCUCCUUCAUUAUGAAAUUGGAAUCAGCAGUCGAUCGAAAAGCAGAAGUGGCUAAACGGAACGAGCUGUUUAAUCAGGAAAAAAAAGAAACAGGCUUACAUUGGACCUCCAAAUUCUCCCAAAGGGAAGGAUGGCAAACAUUGGUUGUGAAAUUUCAACAGAUUUUUAAAAAAUUCUUUGUG